GCCGGUCCACCAUCUGCAGAUGCUGACGCCGACCUUGUCGUCCGCUCCUCCAACAAAGUCGACUUUCAUGUUCACAAAUUUCUUCUCUCGCUCGCCUCCCCCGUGUUCAAAGACAUAUUGUCCAUUCCUGACACGACAAUCUAUUCUGGUGCCAGCGUCGAGUACAAGGAUGGUAUCCUUGUCAUUCACGUCGCGGAACAGCGUCAAGUUUUGGAAAAUCUACUUCGUUUGGUGUAUCCUACCGACAACGGGAAACUUCCCGACUUGUCAUCUGUUCGUGAAUUGUUUCGGGCAAUGGACAAGUAUGAGAUGCUCGACUUGUUUCCCCAGACCCUCGAUCGAAACCUGCGGGACAUAGCUAGGGCUCACCCAUUCGCGGCGUACGCCAUUGCAUGCCGCUAUCAGAAAUUGGCACUCGCCAACGAGAUCGCUCCUUUCACGCUUCAACAGCCUUUUCUGGCCGAUGCCUUCGACGAAGAGGACGUGAAUCUCAUCACAACAUACCAAUAUAAUCAGCUUCACCAGUAUCACCAGAAAUGCCGUGAUUCGGCUCUCCGAGCAUUUCAGGUUUUU